CCAUUUCCUGUUGCUAACCCCCUGAAGCCUCUGGAAGCCACCGCAGAUAGCAGGAUUGUCACUGUCAGCCACUGGGUCUAAGACACUUAGUUCUAAGUUCAUGCAUACUUGCCGGUCGUACUUCCAAAAUGCUCUUCCUUGAUGUUUUCUCCUGGAGAAGACAGUGGCUAACUAGAGAGAGAUCUCAGGAAACAGGCUCGACAGCUGGAAAAUGAACUUGACCUGAAACUAGUUUCCUUCAGUAAACUGUGCACGAGUUACAGUCACAGCAGUGCCCGAGAUGGAAGACGCGACAGCUCUGACACAACACCUCUUUUAAAUGGAUCAAGCCAAGACAGAAUGUUUGAAACAAUGGCAAUUGAGAUUGAACAGCUUUUGGCAAGGCUUACAGGAGUCAAUGAUAAAAUGGCAGAAUAUACCAACAGCGCAGGUGUCCCCUCCUUGAAUGCAGCACUGAUGCAUACAUUACAGCGACAUAGAGACAUAUUGCAGGAUUAUACACAUGAAUUCCAUAAAACCAAAGCAAACUUUAUGGCAAUACGGGAAAGGGAGAAUCUCAUGGGAUCAGUACGAAAGGAUAUUGAGUCAUAUAAAAGUGGGUCUGGAGUAAACAACAGAAGAACUGAACUAUUUUUGAAAGAACAUGAGCACCUUCGAAACUCAGAUCGUCUGAUAGAAGAGACAAUAAGCAUUGCUAUGGCAACAAAAGAAAAUAUGACUUCACAGAGAGGAAUGUUGAAGUCAAUUCAGAGCAAAAUGAAUACUUUGGCCAAUCGUUUUCCUGCUGUGAACAGCCUGAUCCAGCGAAUCAACCUUAGGAAGCGGCGAGACUCACUCAUCCUGGGUGGUGUUAUUGGUGUCUGUACCAUCCUAUUGCUGCUGUAUGCUUUCCAUUGAUGGGACGCCUCCAGGGACUCGACAACUACCACUUUCAGGCCCUGAUCUGGAAUAAGGAAAAGGGAAGGAGAAGUUGACUGCGUGAUAAUUAGCCUGACCAGCAGGAUCAUCAGGGCUGAUAGUGCUGGACUCUGUGACCUGGUCAGGUUGAGCUGAAGCCACCGUUUUUCUAACACACUUCCUUCUGUUUUUAGUUUUAAAAAAAGGAAAAGUUUUCCGUUGCUUUUGUCUCCCCAGCGGGUAAGGAAAUGAGUCAGAAAGAGAGUCUGCACUUCAGUGAUAGUGUCGGAGGCUGAUGGCAAGCCAGGUCUUACAGCUGGGCUCUUCAGAAAACCAGGUCUCUCUCUACCCAAAGACUGCUUUCCUUUUAGCUGCCCGAUUGGGUUGUGAAUAAAAAUAGUUCUUGUCCUUUUAUUUUACACUCAUGAUGAAAAGUCACAAGUCGUUUUUAAAUCUGUACUAUAAAUUUCUACUCUGUGUCCCCAACUCAUUUGGUAUUCAAGGAAAAUUCCAUUUUUCACAGAUUCUUUGAGAUGCUGACAGGCCAACUUCAACAGAGUUGAGGUUGUCUUAAAUAAUAAACACUGCAAAAAAGCAUUUUUUUUUGUAAUUCUCACCCAAGGAUAUGUUUUUAUUGAUUUUUUUUUAAAAGGUAAUAUUUUUUUGUAACAUUGAAUUGCUUUUCCUUUUUUUUUUUUUUAAAUAUAUUUUAUUGAUUUCUUUACAGAGAGGAAGAGAGAGGGAUAGAGAGCCAGAAACAUCAAUGAGAGAGAAACAUCGAUCAGCUGCCUCCUGCACACACCCCCACUGGGGAUGUGCCUGCAACCAAGGUACAUGCCCUUGACCGGAACCGAACCCGGGACCCCCCAGUCCACAGGCCGACGCUCUAUCCCCUGAGCCAAACCGGUUAGGGCUGAUUUUUUUUUUUUAAUUUUAAUUAUUUUGACAAUGAGGAAGGUGGAGGGGGAGAGAGAGAAACAUCGAUUGGUUGCCUCCCAUAUGUGCCCUGACCAGGAAUCAAACCCGCAACCUGUUUUGGUAUACGGACAACGCUCCAACUGAGCCAGUCGGCGGGGGUAUUCUUUUUUUUUUACUCGUGUGCACAUUGGGCUUAACUGUAUUGCUGGAAAAGCAUCAAGAAUGAUAAGCUUUUUUUAAGGAGUCAAUUACUGUUUUGAUUUCUUCCAUUUUGGUUAAUAUUUGCUACUAGAAGACAAUGAAAUCUUAGUCCUACCAGGACAAAAGAAGCUAAUAGCCAAUGUCUGUCAAUGCCCCCAACUAUUCCUCAUGUCAGGAUUAGCACUGAUGGCUGAGGGAGGGGACUGCUCAGUUCUCAGUGAGAUCUACUGAACAAGCCAUGUGUAAAAAGACAUUGAUCAAGGGGUCACCAUUCAGAUAAUUCCAUUUGUAAAUGUUCCACGUUUAUGAGCAAAAGUUUUAAGAACUACCACCGGAUAUAACAGGAAUUCUGUGUUCUGUGAAAAUCUCUUCAUUCCAAAUCUUUUAAGCUUUUCCAAACAUCCAGAGAAGGGUGUCACUGUCGGAGAUGCACGUGACAGAAUCUCUGUCUGCACCUGUCCUCUCUCACCAUCUCCAGAGAGCGACAAAAUCUUCAACCACCCACCAGAAUUCUUAAGUUUAAUCAUUUCUCAGUUUCUGUAAGUUCAUUACUUUGUCUCACUGAACUACCCAAAUAGUUUGAAGACUUCCAACAUCUACAUCCUCACCAAGGAAGAGGCUGCUUUCACCACUGGAACUUCUUAUGCUAUUUACAGUAUUGGCUUCAGACGGCCACCGGGAAUGAAAGGGUAUUAGCAUGCAGUUCCUAGCUACAUCUAAGUGUCGAUGGUGUGUGUCAUUCAGAUGAACUUGAUGUACAGGCUGAUGGGUAAACUAAUCCAUGGUCUGAUACAGACACGGAAAGGUUUUUCAUUCUGGUGUCAGAGUUUUGUUAUAUUCUGGGUAUGAAAGGCAUUGGGUAUUUUUUUAACUAUGGGGUUUAUUUUUCUAAAUAUGGGUUGAUCAGCAGUUGAUUGGGGUCGCCCUUAAAAGAUAGUUUAAGUUUUCCCAAUGCGAACCUUCAAGGGUCAGGGAAGGUCAUUUAUUAAAUUCUCUGUUGGGAGAAAGCUCUUCUCCCCUGACACUAUAUUAUCUUUGAUUUUUCAAAGGGCCUUGAUUGGUGGUUGUACCUCAGCUAGAAUUUAUGGGACUUUGGUUGCUAUGUAGUUGGCAUUUAUAAAAUCUGGAGUUUCAUAAAUAAAAUUAUUUAUUUAAUUAUA